AUGCCUUAUGUGGAUCGUCAGAACCGAAUCUGUGGGUUCCUGGACAUUGAAGAUAGUGAUGUCUGUGGGAAGUUCCUGCGAAGAUAUUUCAUCCUGGAUACCCAGGCCAACCUCCUCCUUUGGUACAUGGACAAUCCCCAGAACUUGGCUAUAGGAGCAGGAGCUGUGGGAUCUUUGCAUCUGACUUACAUUUCAAAGGUCAGUGUGGCUACCCCAAAACAAAAACCGAAAACUCCUUUCUGUUUUGUUAUCAAUGCUUUGUCGCAGCGCUAUUUCUUACAAGCCAGUGACCAGAAGGAUCUGCAGGACUGGGUGGAUGCACUAAAUCGGGCCAGCAAGAUAACGGUACCAAAGACUGGGAAUUUGUCUCCAACCACAGAUGUUGCAAAGCCCCCCUACAAGACUGAGAUCAUCGGAGGGGUGGUUGUGCAGACACCCAUCUCUGUCAAUCAGAAUGGAGGGGACAGCUCUGAAGGUGCUGAGGUAGCAGUCCACCCUCUUUUGAGACGCUCCCAGAGUUGUAUCCCCACUUCAGGUACCAAAACACCACCUGGUCCUCCACUCCUCAAGAGUGGCUACUGUGUAAAGCAGGGGAAUGUGAGGAAGAGCUGGAAACGUCGGUACUUUACACUGGAUAAAAUUUCCAUCAGUUACUUCAAAUGUGAGCAGGAUAAGGAACCAUUGCGUUCAAUCCUCCUGAAGGAUGUGCAGAAGACUCACGAAUGCCUAGUCAAAUCUGGUGACCUUCUCAUGCGGGACAAUCUUUUUGAAAUCAUAACAAGCUACAGAACCUUCUACAUCCAGGCCUAUAGUCCUGAGGACAUGCACAGCUGGAUUAAAAUGAUCACGGGGGCGGUGCAGGCGCUGAAGAGCUGCCCAAGGGAAAUGCCCUUGGUGAGAUCCGUGUCCAUGAGCAAACGCGGAGGCCACGCCCUGCCCAGCUCAGCCAUCCCAUCCAUUGCUAGAUUGAAGCAGUUGGGAGAGGAGAAGAAGGCCGCCUGCAAAGGGCCCUCAACAUCGUGCUGGCUGCCUUGGACGCCUGUGCCUCAGCCGGAAGGCAAGCAGCAGCCUGCAGCCAAGGAGCAGGCUGCUGAAUUGAAGGACUCGGAGUUUGCACCUGGGUUUACCAAGCGAGAGGCCGGAGCUGUGCAGGGAGGUCGUUUACGGCACAGGUCGGAACCUCAGAACUUUAAAGAGCACCCCUUCCUGUAUGACCUGGACGAUGAGAACAUCCGGACCUCGGAUGUGUGA